AUGCUGAGCCAAGCAAGCAUUCCUCUCCGAGUUCUGUCAGAAGAUGAUGCUUGGGACCUGUUUGUGAAGACAUCAAUAAUUUCUUUUCAUGAAUCACCCAACUUUUAUGAUGUAGCGAGGACGGUAGCUAAAGAAUGUGCUGGUCUCCCAUUUGCAUUGGUAGUAGUUCCAAGGACACUUGGAGAUAAAGACUUAUAUGAUUGGGGAGAAGCAGCUCGACGACUUAAGGCUGCUCAACCUAUCAACUGUGAAGAUGAGGGACAGGUGUUCAGCUGUAUAAAGUUAAGCUAUGAUUUCUUGAAACCUGAUGAUGACAACAUUGCCAAGUCAUUCUUCUUGCUUUGCUAUCUAUUCCCUGAAAAUUUUGAUAUCGAGGUCGAAGACUUGUUGAUGUAUGCAAUGGGGAAAGGAAUAUUUGAAGAUGCCCUCAUAAUACACGAAGCCAGAGCCAAAGCCCAUUUGGUGGUCAAUUACCUGAAAGCUUCUAGCUUGCUUUUGGACGGUGCAUACCAUUGA